AUGUCCAUAAUCCACGUGGAAUCCGAGUUUGCGAUCAUCGACGAGCAACAGUUUUACGAGAAAGUUUUCGAGAAAUCAAAGUGGGCGUAUCUAUCUCUUUUUUCUAGAAAUGUCUCGAUUUCAGCCUAAAAAUGCGUCCGGAAUUCUUCGAAAUUCACUCGGAAUUCAUGCCGGAUUCGCAAUUUGAAGCCAUCAAAAAACGGGGAGUCAGCACGGGUCGGAAGCGGACGAAUAGCCAGACGCAUUCAGAAGACGUCACGUGGAUUCGCGAGAUUUCGACGAGAAUACGCACGGCCGGACAGGAUUCCGGAUAUUUUAAGAGCAGAGAACCGGCGACGGACAACAACAAAACGGCGAGAGAAGCGGCCGCGCGGGCCGUCGUCGUGAGGGUGCCUUCUGGAGCAAUGACGUCAUCGGAGCAAGUGGUCGAAGUGGAGAAACGGGAGCGCGUGGAGGAUCUGAUGUGCAACGGAAUGAUCAGCAAUUGGAUACGAUUCCAGAACAACAGUCCGGUGGGCAUCAUUAGGAAUUCAGGUUAUAGUCUCGGCGAAUCUCUCCAAUACUUGAGUACUUUCAGACGGAAUCCAGUUCUUCCUUCCGCCAAAUUCCACUUUCCACGUGGGCGACGUCGCCGACAUUGAGCAGUUCUCCGCGAUCCACGACGUUCUGUUCGACCUAGUCGUCGCCGAUCCACCCUGGUUUUGCCGAUCGGUCAAACGAACGAGAAUGUUGGAAAUCCUCCAGAAUUUCACGCAUUUCUUUUGAAAUUCAGGUACGACAUGAACGAGCAGGUGCUCGAGCGACUGGAUCCGUCAAAAUUCGCCGCUCCGGAAGCGUUGCUCGUUUUUUGGGUGACAAAUCGGCGAGGCAUCGAGGAGGAAAUGGAGAAGCGAAUCGAGAAGUGGGACAUGGAAGUGAUCGCCACGUGGAAGUGGCUGAAAGUAACGUUUUUUGAUGGAAACUUUGCAAUAAAACCGACCAUUUUUGAGGUGACCACGCAAGGAGAUCCGGUGUACAAUUUCGAGAAUCCAAGCCACAAAGUUCCAUUCGAAAACGUGAUGUUUGCAAUGAGAAAAGGCGCAGAAAGGCCUUCGAAGUUCGCUCUUCCCGAGAAGUUCGUGUUCGCCAGGUAAUUCACGAUUUUUGAAAUUUUACACAAGUCUGCUUUUACAGCGUCCCGAUGGCUGUUCACUCGCACAAACCGCCACUUUUCGAUCUUCUCCGACACUUUGGCGUCGAGUUCUCCAGGUACUCAAUCAAACGAUCAGACCCCUCCGAACCGUCCGUCAUUUUCAGACCGCUCGAAUUGUUCGCCCGUUCUCUGCUGCCCGCCACUCACAGCGUCGGAUUCGAGCCGUUUCUGUUGCAAUCGGAGCGCGUUUUUGUGCUCAAAUAA